UGUCUGUCUGUCUGUGUCUGUGUGUGUGUGUGUCUCAGAAUGACUGAAGUCCAGCAGAUGAGUGGUUGUGUGGAGGAAGACGAGGACAGAGCAGAGUCUCCAGGACCCAGCGGUCUGUCUGUGAAGAGUAACCAGUCUAUGGGAAAACGUAUAACCUUCAGUCAUGAACCUGGAGCCUCAGAGACAAAAGGUCAGAACCAGAGACCAGGACCCAGCGGUCUGUCUGUGAAGAGUGACCGGUCUAUGGACAAACCUAUAAACUUCAGUCAUGAACCUGGAGCCUCAGAGACAAAAGACCAGUUUGCUGUUUCUGUGGACGAGCAGACGUCCCGCUGUCCUCUGUGUCAGGACGUCCUGAAGGAUCCAGUCUCCACCAGCUGCGGUCACCAGUUCUGCAGACACUGCAUCUCCUCAUACUGGGACCAGUCUGGUCCACCAGGAGACUCCUGCUGUCCCCAGUGUGGACAAAGACCCAGGACAGGACAUGGACCACGGAGCAUCUUUGCAGAUGUUGGUCUGCAGAAGGUUCUAGAUGAACAUAAGAUCAGUCUGAGGAGCAGAUUUGAACAUGUGACUGAAGGAACUGAAGGAACAGGAAGUAGAACCCUCCUGAACAGGAUCUUCACUGAGCUCUACAUCACAGAGGGACAGAGUGAAGAGGUCAAUACUCAGCAUGAGGUGAUGCAGCUGGAGACGACCUCCAAGAAGAAGACGGUCCAGGACACUCCCAUCAAGUGCUGCGACAUCUUUAAAGCCUUACCUGACCAGCAGGGGAGAAUCAGAGUCGUCCUGACCAACGGUGUCGCUGGUGUUGGAAAAACCUUCUCGGUGCAGAAGUUCACUCUGGACUGGGCCGAGGGUUUGGAAAACCAGGAUGUGAAUCUGCUGAUUGUGCUCUCGUUCAGGGAGCUGAACCUGAUCAGAGAUCAGCAGCACAGUCUUCUCACGCUGCUCCAUGUUUUCCAUCCAACAUUAGAGAAGGUCAGAGCAGAGGAGCUCGCUGUCUGUAAACCUUUGUUCAUCUUUGACGGCCUGGAUGAAAGCAGACUCUCACUGGACUUCAGCAGCAGGACGCUGGUUUCUGACGUCACACACACGUCAUCAGUCAACAUGCUGCUGACCAACCUCAUCCAGGGGAAUCUGCUUCCCUCAGCUCUUGUCUGGAUAACUUCUCGACCUGCGGCGGCCAAUCAGAUCCCUCCUACAUGUGUUGCCAGGGUAACAGAAGUACGAGGCUUCACUGACGACCAGAAGGACGAGUACUUCAGGAAGAGAUCCAGAACUGAAGAUCUGUCCAGCAGAAUCAUCUCCCACAUCAAGGCGUCCAGGAGCCUCCACAUCAUGUGUCAAGUCCCAGUAUUCUGCUGGAUCAGUGCUACAGUUCUGGAGCACAUGUUGACCAUAGAGCAGAGAGGAGAGCUGCCCAAGACCCUGACAGACCUGUACUCACACUUCCUUCUGGUUCAGACCAAGAGGAAGAAGAACAAAUAUGAUAAAGGAUGUGAGACAAGUCCACAGGAGCUGACAGAGGCCGACAGGGACUUUCUUCUGAAGCUGGGGAGGCUGGCCUUUAAACAGCUGCAGAAAGGAGACAUAAUGUUCUACCAAGAAGACCUGGAGCGGUGUGGUCUAAGUGUGACAGAGGCUUCGGUGUACUCAGGAGUUUGUACAGAGAUCUUCAGAAGAGAGAGUGUGAUCUUCCAGAAAUCAAUCUACUGCUUUGUUCAUCUGAGCGUUCAGGAGUUUCUGGCUGCAGUCUACAUGUUCCACUGUUUCACCAGCAGGAAGACAGAGGUACUGCAGGACUUCUUCAGACAAGAAGAUAAAGACAGGAAGACAGAGGUACUGCAGGACUUCUUCAGACAAGAAGAUAAAGACAGGAAGACAGAGGUACUGCAGGACUUCUUCAGAAAAAAUUACAGUAAGAAAAAGUCACUGAAAAAGGUCCUGCAGGGCUUCUUCAGAAAAAAAGUUGAUGACGAAGAUGAUGAUGAUGAUGGUGGUUACACUCCUCUGGAUGUGUUCCUGAAAGCAGCCAUGGAGAAAUCCCUUCAAAGUGAAAAUGGUCACCUGGACCUGUUUGUUCGCUUCCUUCAUGGACUCUGUCUGGAGUCCAACCACAGACUCUUAGGAGGUCUGCUGGGUCAGACUCAGAACAGUCCAGAAAUCAUCCAGAGGGUCAUUGAGAACCUGAAGAAGAUGAACACAAAGAACAUCUCACCUGACAGAAGCAUCAACAUCUUCCACUGUCUGACAGAGGUGAAAAACCAAUCAGUGCAUCAGGAGAUCCAAGAGUUCAUGAAGUCAGAGAACAGAAGACAGAAACUCUCUGAGAUCCACUGCUCAGCUCUGGCCUACAUGCUGCAGAUGUCUGAGGAGGUUCUGGAUGAGUUGGACCUGGACAACUACAGAACAUCAGUCCAGGGGAAACAGAGACUGAUUCCAGCUGUGAGGAACUGCAGGAAGGCUCGGUGAGUUCAGACAUGAUCAAUAACAUCAUCAGUCAGUGAUGAUUCAUGGUUUGGUUUAUCAAAUACACACAGAAGUCAGUUCUUCUCAUUCUUCUCAGUUUGUUUCUGGAGAUGUUUUAAAUGAUGAAUGUGAAGAUUUGUCAGCUGGUUGUGAUUCUUGUUUUGAACUGAAUGAAAACACCAAAUCACAACAUUCUCUCAAGUCUCUGUUCAUGAUAAGACAGAAAGACAAGAGAAACCAACAGUUCACACAAUGAACAAACACUAGGGGGCAGUGGAGAGAAAAUCUGUGACAGAACCAGACUCAAACAUGUGCAGCAUCUGCCUCGACCGGUUGUGGUGAAAGGACAAAAUGGAGGACAGAGGAGAGGAGGGGGAGAGAAAGUGAAAGAGGGAGGUGAGGUAGAGACAGAAGAGAGAGACCAGGAGCAGAAAUAUAACAGUUGUGUCAGCUUCUAAGUUUAAACAGGACUUAUGACAUUUUUAUACAACUACAAUGUUAUUGAUGUUCUAUUAAUGAGACAUAAACAUUAGACUGAUAUCAACUUUAAUUAUAGUAUCAUAUUAAUAAUAAUAACAAUACUACUGGUUUCAAGCAGCAACUUUGUCUAAAGU